GCUGAAUAAGACCGAACUUUCGAACUAAGGUCGAAUAUCUUUUAUCGACUUUGCAUCGAAUACAUGCUUCCAUUAUUUUAAGAAAGUUCGUGGUAAAUAUUCAUAUUCAAGUCCCACGAAAUAUACGACAGAAUAUAUCGAUCAUUAGAGACUAGGAAUUUUCUGAUCGAUGUACCAUCUAGAAAAGAGAAAAGAUAAAACCAAGUCCACAGUAUAAUAUUCAAUAAUCAGAAAAGGAAAUGUGGCGUAUUAAUUAUCGAGGCUGAACCGAUGAGUCUCUCCUCUCUGUUACGUUACUUCAAUUUCCUAUGAUAUUGGUUACGCUAGUCGACGACGAUGCCUUCCUCAAUUAUUCUUGGGCUCAUUACUCAUGAUUGGACCCGUGUAAUACUGACUCGAAUAAAAGUGAGAACGCGGGUGAAUCUGCCCGGAGAAAAUUAUUUCGAAUAUUUGUAACAGCCUCGCUUCUCCAUUAACUUCAUCCAUGGCGAUCGGUGAAACUUUCCAACGAGCUUCUUCUCUCCAACAGCGUACCUAACUUUACCUCACUUUUGCUAUCAAGGAAGAGAAGAACAAUUUAAAAAAAUUCUUUUCCAUUGCAAAUUAUUCACGACUCGCAUCACAUAUUCAACUCGAAACCUUUUAAAAUCUAAAUUAUACAAUAAAAAAAAAAACUUCACAUAGGUAGUUUCACUUACUCAUCGUAAUUACUAACACUGUUUCUUCCAACACCGAAAUAUUCUAACUGAAUGAGGCACACGUGACUAACAGAACAACAAGUCAGCAACGGAGCCAACACAUCAAAUACAAGAAAUAAACAACCACAAAAAUCUUUCGAGUAGACACUUUGCUAGACGAAUAUUUAAAAAAAAAAGAAAAAAGAAAAAAAAGAAAGAAAAGAAUCGCGGUGAAACAACUUCAGAGCGAUCUCGAUCGGUUUUCUCUACGAUAAACUCGUAUGAACGCGGUUUGAACGGUUCUGCGAACACAAUCGGUUUUUACCAUCGACAGGCGAAGCCGCUUCUGCAACUCGCCACGGUGGCUAGUUAGAGAAUCGCUUCCCGUUCGCGGCGGGCAAAGCCUAUAUCCAAGUAGCCUAGCUCCACGUAGGCGUAGGCGUAUUUAGCGCGUAAUUUAUAUAAGAAGAGAGGCACGCUUGGUUCCACCCCAAAGCACUUCGAUCCACUGGCGCCAGCACCUCUUCUUUCGCCUCUGUUUCCAUGGAAAGUGGACGAAAAAUGUUCGCUCGAACCGUCAUGGUUUCGCAAUAUUUCAGCUUAUCCGCGUAGCUGCCUGUUAGAUCGUCUUAGACCGUUCGUCGAAAGGAAAACCGGAGGAACGGUUUCGCGGAGACACGUAGCCACGAUUGGCCAAUUAUCCGGUGGCUUAAUUAAAAACAAGUAUACGCCACUGUGCAUACACAGCAAUUGUUGCGGAGAAGAGGCGUAUAACUUCCAGUGUUGCAUCGAACAUCCUCGCGUCCGGAUCGUGGAACUCGAUACCUUUUCGUUUAAACCAACAAGUUUUCCCUUACCUCCCUCUGGCGUACCGAAGGGUGAAUAAAAUUUAGGCCGUCGCUACCACUUUAUUUUAUCGUUCGUCAACAUGUAAUUUGUGUUUCAAGGCAGUGGUUUUGUAAAGUUUCCGUUUGGCCCCGUUUCGAUGAUAGGUUUUCCAUCGAGAAAUAGUAGCGCGGAUCGAGGAAAUCCCCGACCUAGAGUAAAAGUUUUUCAAAAGGUUUUCGGGUUCCGUUCACGGUGGAUGUGUGACAGCGAGAAGGGUAUAGUUUGCGAUGUUUAUCGACGAAUAUGGUGGAACGUGUUUGUACGUGAAACUAGCUUGUGAAACGAGUCGAAGGACAGCGGGAUCGAGAAGAGGAGGGACGCGUGGAGACGACUGUCGCGGAGGAGUUGCGCUUGCAAAUAGAAAAUUCCACGAACUGUCAAUAGCAGAGUGCAUAGCUCCAUUCUUUUGUUCUUUUGUUUCCGAUGAGGGUGUAGAAUUGAAGUAUCUAUGUCAGACGUGUUUAAAACGUGAUUUGAAAGACACGUGUUGGAAAGUAUUUAAUUACGAUGUCGUAUGUAAUAAAAAGGACAAAGAAGAACGAUUUAAGAAGAACGAUCGAGGAACUAAAUAGAUUCAUAGCUAUUUAAAUCUCGAGUGACAAGUGUAUAAAAGAUUUCUGAGGCUGACAACAUCUACGUGCACGUAUUCCCAAAACGUCCCAUUGGAAGACCGUUAACGCAUUCUAUGUAAGCAACAGCACAGAUUUUUCAAGACUGAUGACCCAAUGUGCCCAAUAGUAAUCGUCUCAGUGGCCUGCUGACUUCUUUACACUGAAUUGAAAAUGCGUGACGGUAUUGUGCCCGGUGAUUGUCUCAAAUCUUGACCGUACGUGUGUAGAUUCUCCAACGACUCCAACUUCAGACUACUCGUGUCUUUCAAUAAUCACUUUGUCGCUCAAACGGUGCAUUCAAUGAUAAAUAGUCUCUUACAAUGCUUGUCUCAAGCAUCAUUUACGGAUAGCUCGUCUCGUCUAUUGGAAAAAUAGCACAUGAUUUCUGACAACAAAAAUAAAUAACAAGGAUUUAUGGUAAUUCCUAAGGAAGUCUGUCUCGAGAAGAUACUCGAAUCAUCGUGAUGAUACUGACACAGAAUGGAAGCAAGGUCACUGACGUCUGCUUUUGACUAGAUGGUAUUCUACAGGGACGACUUUACGAGCCAGGUCAUGCUUGCACAAGCUUUCUGCAAAUAGAAAGAACUACAGGGAUCUUAACUGUUUGCCAACCUUGAACCCUGUAGCAGUUUGCAUUUACUUGCGGUAAAGAGAGACAGGACGCGAAGAAAAUACAUAUAAUAUAACCUCAAAUAAAAUGAACGAAGCGAACCGAACUUGUGACUUUUUAUAUUAAUCUUUACCUCGAGCAACUAACUUGCUAUUUGAUUUGCAAUAGAAAAAUAUUCACACGAUAAAAACAUGGACGAUUUACAACUACAUACAUACUACACGAUAUUAGGAGCUGGUGCUUAGUUUCCGGUCAGACGAGAAACUGUUAACAAAACUCGUACGAUCGAAUCUGAUAAGAAGGUCAGGUUUAUUCAGGCGAAUUCCCAGUAGCCGGCUGUUAAUCGGCGUUAAAUGAAACUAGCACACGUUGAAACCCCUGUUGGCGAAUUACGUGCUUCGUGGCCUGUUUGUGAUUUAAUUGGCGUUCCCAUUAGCGUAGUCCUUAAAAAUGUCUUCAACAGAGCAUAUUGUCUCUGGAAUGUUUCUAACCGCGAGUCGAAACGGGUCGAUCGUCCAUUUCCAGUGUUUUACGAGCAGUUACCACUCCUCGGGAUAGAAAGUGGCAAACUGGAUGACUCACGAGAGCUUUCCAUGCUAUCAAAUGACUUCUAACAAGCCUCCGCGUAACUCGUUAGUACUUGGAGUUCAUCGCGCGGAUCGUUGGAGCGAAGAAAAUUCGAAGAUGUCGACGAAGAUUGCCGGUUGAAUGAUCCCUGAACGAUUGGACUCGCUUCCGAUUCGCCUUCAUUGGGAUUUUGCGCGGUCAGCAUCGAAGAAAGUCGAUAAUGUCGAUUAAAAUCGAACGCUGACCGGUAUACGCGCAACAUGGAGCCCGCGAUAGCGUGCAACAAGAAAGCCGAGCGCAGGUCUACGCGAUCGUCGACCUCGAAGAAUCGGUUUUCGUCACGAAACACGCGCUCGGAAGCUUUCUACGCCGACGUGGAACCGUUAUCCGUUCGACGCGCAUUGCAUAAUUCCACCGGCCCAGACCCAGAUACAAAUUCCGCUCCAAAUUCCAGCGGAUCGACGGAACGCGUUAAGAGGCAUCCGACUUCCGGUCGUCCAAAGAAUCUGGACCUAGGUGCCACGCCGGAAUCCGCCCUCAAACUUGGCAAAUCGCCCGGACAAGAGGCGUGUCACACCAUUCCACGAGACGUCGCGGUCUCUCGAAAAGAGAUUUUGCGAAGGUACAGCAAGGAACACGAAAAUCCUUCAAAAAUUUCCGAAGUCUUGCGUCAUCGUUGGAAACGUACCGUGGAUCUCGAUAAGGAUCAAGAAGAAAGACCAAGAACGCUACCUUCGAUCGCUAAAAGAUCACACAAGGACGCAACCAAGACGGCUCAAGCGACGCAGGGAUUCAAAAAGAUCUCCAGACAGGAUAUAUUACGUAGAAGAGCGAGCGUGGAUGUACCGGUAGGCAUUUCUCGAAGUAGAAGUCACGGUGAGGAGAAGGUAGAAAGUUCAGAGGUGAAAGGUGCCACAGCGAAAUCCUCCUCCAGUUUCCUAAAGAAUGUCCCGAGGCCGAGAAACCCUGGGUGGGGCAAAGAGGACGAGAGAGAGUCCAGGUCAGUCUGUGAUUUCCUGGCAGUCACUAGCAAGCUGCAGGACAUUACCCGCGGCCUUGUGCCGAGACCAUCGACCUUGCCCAAGAUAAUUCACACGUCGAGAUCUGUUAGAAUCGGAGAAGAUUGGGCCAGCCCUAGGCUGGCCAAGGAUGCGGUGAGAAAGGAGCCGCCGGUCUACGGGAGAAUACGAAGAAGAAAAACCUCUUUGCCAUCCAACACUGGCACUCUAAGGGGUUCAAUCGCGUCUUUGAGCACCUUGUCCAGGUAUCCCAAACCUGGCAGCAUACACGUGAGAGAAAGAGCCGUGGACGUGGAGUUUCGAACGACUACGAGACAUCUUCGCGAUCCAGUUCCUGACACGCCAUAUUAUUCAGCGACGCUGCCUCUCGUUGACAUGAAAACGAAUUCCCAGCGAAAUGCGAUUUAUGCCAAAGUGUCUCGAAAAACGUCGAAGAGCCUUCAGAAUAACGAUAACAAGACUGAUUCGAAAGAUGGUGUUGAUGGUAGGAUCGAGGGUGAAGUAGACAUCGGUCAUAGGACCAUGUCGCGCAAGAGGAUCAUCGAGAAUACGAAGGACACCUACGGAGAGCGUAGCAGCUCGAAGACCGAAGACUCUGUCGAAAUUCAAGCAGAAUUUCAGUCAGAAAGUCAGUCGUAUCAGAACAAGAACUUCGACGUGCGUGGAAAGAGAGAAUCGGAUGAGAUCCACGUCGAUCGAUCGAAAGAAACAAACGCGGGUGUAAGUGGAGAAAGUGGAGUCGAUAGACGCGAUUCUCGAGCAGAGGGCAAUUGGACGAAGUCUAAGGACGCGACCAAGAACAGAUCCAAGUCUCAAGGCAGACCGACCGAAAACUUUCGCUCAACGCAACGAGAGAUCGGUGCAGCGACCAGGUUGGCGACUACUCUUCCAAGUUAUGUGAAAAGUUCGAGAAAGUGUUCGACCGAAAGCCCGCCAGAGAUCGACUGUCACAAAAAAUUGCCCAAGGAAACGGGUAUCUCGUCGAAACAGAGCAAAGAGAGAUCAAACUACGUGAAAAAGUCCGCGAGCAGUCAUGUUAGGACUUACAGCGACGCAAACAGCGGUCGAUCCAACUCACCGGUCACUACAUCCUCGAUUUUUGGAUUUUGCACCGGCAAAAGGAAAGUUCAAUCUUCGUCGAACACAACGAAGGUUGAAAGUGUUUCGAUGUGUCCAACGUGGAACGUGGGAACGGUUAGCAUCGCUUAGAAAUGUUUUGACAAAAAUAUCUGUGACAAUAAUUACGUGUUUCUUUUGAUCCCUCCUCCGAGAUUGCGGUACGGAGAAUUCCUGAGAUUCUAAGCACGAUUCUUGGCAUUUUAUUACACUGAAUAAUAUCUACGUGAUUGUAUCGAUGGAAUUUCUUCAUGGUAUUUGUGAAGGAAUUGUUAAUGUUUCUAUUUCCUUCCUCGAAGAAAUUCUUUAAAUAUUCAGGAUUAUUUGGUUCCUACUUAUACCUGGAUGGCUAAAAUUUUACUGAGAAAUGUUAUGAAACGCAGUCAUAGCAAAAAAGUGAAUUACAAAAUUACAACGUUGUUCUUGGAAUACAUUUUCUAACGUUCAGUUUCUCCUACGUUUUUUCACGCGACUUUUAUUAACAAACAGUGUUUCGAGAUCAUACAUUUUCUAUCUCAACCGGUCUCA